AUGAAUGUCUGCGAAAGAUCUCUUCAUGGUACCAGGGCUAGCCCAAGUGCAGCUGCAGCUUCACAUUUUUUAAGAGUCGAGAUGCUUCCGUCUGGAUAUCUGAUCCGACCAAGCUUGAAAUGUGCCAGAGGUGCUUCGACGUCACCGAACAUUAUAGUGCAUAAAAUGACUAUUGCGAUAACUCAGGAGACGAGUGGUGAGAUAGUAUACAGACUUGGCCGGCAACCAGCUGUUCUACGCACAUUCAGCCAGAGAUUAAGCAGAGGCUUUAAUGAUGCUAUUAACAGGUUCAAUAAUGAUGGUUGA